UUCUUUCUAGCCAAGAAAGAUACCAUCUCUGUCAUGCCCACAGGUGCUGAAAACAAGAGAAGUCAAGUCAAAGAAGGAGGCAGAGAUACCACGACUUGGGUAUCAUCAUUUCUGGGGACAUCCAUGAUUGGAGAUUGAGAUUUUUUGAACAGAAAUUUAGAGCUGAUCUAGAAGAGACAAAGACAGAACAUCUGAGUUAGUGACCAUUUCUCAAAUUUCGGAGAAAAUGAUGCAGGCCCAGGGAUCCCUGACAUUUGACGAUGUGCUUUUGGAUUUCACCUGGGAGGAAUGGCAGCUUCUGGGCCCAGAUCAGAAGGACCUGUACCGGGAUGUGAUGUUGGAGAACUACAGCAACCUUGUGUCACUAGGGUAUGAAGCCAGCAAACCAAAUAUACUCUCUAAGUUGGAACAAGGAGAAGAACAAUGGACAACAGAAGAUGAAGUCUGCAGUCGAGUCUGUUCAGAAGUUGGGAAAACUGAUGCUCCUCUGCAGCAUCACUUGCAAAAUCAAAGUAUUCAGAAGAGUGUUGGACAAUGCCAUGAACAUAAUGUGUUUGGAAAUAUUCUUAACCAAAACAAAAGUCAUUUCCAGCUAAAGCAAGUUUGUGAUUUGUUUGGCUUAUAUGAAAAACCUUUGAAAUCAAAUUUAAGUUUUAAAAUCCAGGACAAGAGCUGUGGCCUAAAGAACUCUGCUGAAUUUAAUGGAGUUGAGAAAUCCCUUGUCCAUGCUAACCAUGAACAAUUUUAUGCCGAAAUUAAAUUCCCUGUAAUUGUAGAACCCAUCAACAAGUCCCAGAUCAUUAAGCAACAGAGAACUCACAACACAGAAAAAGCCCAUGUAUGCAGUGAAUGUGGGAAAGCCUUUAGCAAGAGGUGUCGGCUCAUUUAUCAUCAGCGAACUCAUACAGGAGAGAAACCCCAUGAAUGUGAUGUAUGCAAGAAAGCCUUCUCUACAAAGUUUAGUCUCACUACACAUCAGAAAACUCAUACAGGAGAGAAACCUUAUAUAUGUAUUGAAUGUGGAAAAGGCUUCAUCGAGAAGAGGCGUCUUAUUGCACAUCAUCGAACUCAUACUGGUGAGAAACCCUUUAUAUGCAAUACAUGUGGGAAAGGCUUCACCUUGAAGCACAGUCUUAUCACACAUCAGCAAACUCAUACAGAAGAGAAACUGUAUAUCUGCAGUGAAUGUGGAAAAGGCUUUUCAAUGAAGCACUGUCUCAUUGUACAUCAGCGAACUCAUACUGGAGAGAAACCCUAUGUAUGCAAUGAGUGUGGGAAAGGUUUCACCUUGAAAAGCCCUCUCAUCAGACAUCAGCGAACUCACACUGGAGAGAAACCCUACAUAUGCAGUGAAUGUGGAAAAGGCUUUCCAGCAAAGAUCCGGCUAAUGAGACAUCAACGAACUCACACAGGAGAGAAACCUUACAUAUGCAGUGAAUGUGGAAAAGGCUUCACUGAGAAGAGUCAUCUUAAUGUACAUCGACGCACUCAUACAGGAGAGAAACCCUAUAUAUGCAGUGAAUGUGGCAAAGGCUUAACUGGGAAAAGUAUGCUCAUUGCACAUCAGCGAACUCAUACUGGGGAGAAGCCAUAUGUAUGCAAUGAAUGUGGAAAGGGCUUCAGCAUGAAGAGUAGUCUAGGUGUACAUCAGCAAACUCAUACUGGAGAGAAACCAUACAAAUGCAAUGAGUGUGAUAAGACCUUCAGGAAGAAGACAUGCCUCAUACAACAUCAGAGAUUUCACACAGGAAAGACGUCCUUUGCAUGUAAUGAGUGUGGAAAAUUCUCUUUGCGCAAAAAUGAUCUCAUUACACAUCAGAGAAUUCACACGGGAGAGAAACCUUUUGAAUGUGGUGAAUGUGGGAAAGCCUUCACUACGAAGUCAGGGCUCAAUGUUCAUCAAAGAAAACAUACAGGAGAGAGGCCGUAUGGAUGUAGUGAUUGUGGGAAAACUUUUGCUCACUUGUCUAUCCUUGUUAAACACAAGCGAAUUCAUAGGUAGUCAUUUUCAGAAAGCCUCUUGCCUCAGGAUAUUAUAGUAUGUGAAAGAAGAAUAACUUAAUGUAGGCAGAGAUGUGGUUGUGUAUUUAGUGGUCAAUUAUCUCAUGCUUUAUGUGAAAGAAAAUAUACCAAAAAAACCUCUCUUAUAGUCUUGAGAAAAAAUUUUAGGAUAUUAUGUCUAAAAAUUGUAUACUGAGAAAUCUAUUAAUGUGGCAGACUAGAAAAGCCUUUGGUGGAAAAUAGACCCUAUCAUAAGUGAUCAUUUAUAGAUCAUGAAUGAACUAUUGAUUGAUAGAAAUAUAAUAAUUACAAGAAAGCCUGUGUCCAGAAAUAAGACCUGAAUAGACUGAGAGAGUUUACACUAGAGACGUACUUUCCUAUGGCAACGAGUAUGGCAGGGUUUACAGUAAAAUGUUUUGACUUAUCAUUUUUCAGGAAGUUAUGCAGAAAAAAAGUUAUGGGCACAUUUAGUGCAGAAGAUCAUUAGCAAAAUAGCAGAGAACUUAAGGAAAGAGGCCUUCACAAAGUGACAGGUGAAAGCUUUCUGUCACAAGUGUAACCUUCGUGGAUAAUACACUUCAUGUACAUUUGGGAAAAGGUUAUCUUGAGCCAUAUUUCUAGUUGCCUUGUCUCUGAUUUUAUACAUUUUUAACUGUGAUUCCCUCUCAUCAUAAGUACAUUUUAAUCUAUACGAUACAGGAUUAUUCUGUGCCUCAUUAUAUGAUUAACCCUUGCAUUUCUUUGGGUCUAAAUUUUGUUAUUUCAGAAUACUUGAAGUACUUCAAAAUAAAACUGAAUACAGUAUAUUGAA